CUGAUUACACUGACUCAGGGUGUGUUUUAGGUACUGCCUGUCCUCUUUUGGAGCUCUAUUUAAGCAGCAGCCUGACCAAACACAUCUCACUUUUCCAGCUUUGACCAGACCAGCUGCUCUUGAGAAGAAGUUCAGACUGCAGUCAUCAAUAUCAAUAUCAUUCAAAGAUGUCCUACCCAACAAGUCUAGAGAUAAUUGGUGGAAGGGGAGGAAAUUCAUUUUCAUUUACUGGUGAGAACAACGGUGCCAGUUUAGAGAAGAUCUGGGUUUGGGUUGGAGGAUGGCAGGUGAAGGCUGUCAAGGUUUGGCUUUCAGAUGGGAGAAUUCAAACUUUUGGAGAACCAGCUGGAGAUCAUCAAGAGUUCAAGUUCCAGCAUAAUGAGUUUUUCACCUCACUGUCCUUGUGGGGGAACGGAGCAGGAUCACGUCUUGGAGCUAUCAAAUUCAAAACCAGUCUUGGGAGAGAAUUCUCUGCUCAGAUGACAAGCUGGCCUUUAAAAAGAGAAUAUCCCAUGGAUGUCGGCUCUGGAUUUUGUUUGGGAGUUGUAGGAAGCGCUGGUGCCGACAUCGACUGCAUGGGAUUCAUGUUUCUCAAUGCAGUUCAAUCAACAGUUCUUACCAAUGUCAACUAUCCCACUAUCAACCAACUGAUACCAAAGGUGGCAGUAGAAGAAAUCAAAUCCCUCUCUUACAAGAACAGCUCCUCCGUCACUCAAGAACAAAAAGUUGAAACCACAAAGACAAUAACCAACAAAUCUUCAUGGUCUGUGAGUGCAAGUUUGACAGCAACAUUUAGUAUGGAAGUGAAGGCUGGGAUUCCAGAGGUUGCAGAAGUUACAGCAGGAUACAGUGUCAGCGUUGGACUUGAAAGCACUUACAGUCGGGAGUAUUCAGACCAGAGAAGUGAAACUCUGUCUACUGAUAUCGAUGUGCCACCAGGGAAGAAGGUGGAUGUUAAAAUCACCAUUGGAAGAGCCACUUUUGACAUGCCUUACACUGGCACAGUGCAGAUCACCUGCAAGAAUGGCAGUGUGUUACAGUACGAAACCAAGGGCACAUACAAAGGCGUCAAUUACACUGAUAUCAAAGUGGUGACUAAGGAAUCUCCUCUGUAAUGUUAAGACAGAUUGCACAUGUAACACAAGUUCUUUGAUUACUUCUAAUUUUGUCAAUCAUGUAUCAAUUGUUUGGGUUGAGUGUUCAGGGGAAAUAUAUGUUUGUGUGUGUAUAUACACAACAUUUGCUGUUUGCAAAUAGUCUUAUAUAAUACCAAUACACAAAUAUUCAUAUAGAUUCAUACUUUAUAUAAUCACUUUAAAAUAACCUCUAGAAACAAAUUUUGUAAUGUUUUCUAAAUGACAAUUUAUUAAAUAAACCCUGUGUUACAAGCAA